GACAGGUUAUAUUUUGUGAUGGAGUAUAUCAACGGAGGAGACCUCAUGUAUCAGAUCCAGCAUGUCGGCAAGUUCAAGGAACCUCACGCUGUGUUCUAUGCAGCAGAGAUUGCCAUAGGUCUGUUCUUCCUUCAUCUGAAAGGAAUCAUCUACAGGGAUCUGAAGCUGGACAACGUCAUGCUGGAUGCAGAAGGCCACAUUAAGAUCGCGGACUUUGGGAUGUGCAAAGAGAACAUGUUAGACGGUGUCACCACCAAGACCUUCUGUGGGACCCCAGACUACAUCGCUCCUGAGAUCAUUGCGUACCAGCCCUAUGGGAAGUCAGUGGACUGGUGGGCCUUUGGAGUUCUGCUGUAUGAGAUGCUGGCUGGACAGCCUCCCUUCGACGGUGAGGAUGAGGAUGAGUUGUUCCAGUCCAUCAUGGAGCAUCACGUCUCCUACCCCAAGUCUAUGUCCAAGGAAGCUGUCGCCAUCUGCAAAGGGUUGAUGACCAAGCACCCUGGGAAGCGUCUGGGCUGUGGUCCGGAGGGGGAGCGAGACAUCAGGGACCACGGGUUCUUCCGCUAUAUGGACUGGGACAAAGUGGAGAACAAGGAAGUACAACCGCCAUUCAAACCCAAAGCUUGCGGGCGCGAGGCAGAGAACUUUGAUCGUUUCUUCACCCGCCACCCCCCAGUCCUGACCCCCCCAGACCAGGAGGUCAUCAUGAACCUGGACCAGGAAGAGUUCCAGGGGUUCUCCUUCGUUAACCCAGAGUACCCCUCUGUUACUGAGGAGGAGGCUGCAGAGAGCUAGGACACACACACUCCUUAACCAACACACACACACUCCUUAACCAACACACACACACUCCUUAACCAACAC